AUAUGCCCAAGCAUGGCGGUCCCUUACAGUCGAAUCUUGGACCUUGCUAAGGUCCAAUGCCGCAUCUUUUCACUUAAUUUUAAUCCCCAGAGAUUGCGGCUGGGAAACAAGGUCCUUCGACAGCGACUUCGAGGCCCAACGCUUGCAGAAUGGUAUCCAAAAAAGACCGUUUCUUUCCGUGACCUACAGGAUAGUUAUAAACCUCUCGGUUUAACCAUGUUCGAUGAAGCAGAGGAUGACAGAGAGGAGGCGAUUCAAAUUGCAAAGCUUCGGGGUAAGGGAAGGCCAAAGAAGAAGAGAACAGCUGCUGAAUCGAGAUCGGCAAAGAAGAAGAAAUAGUAUGGAAGUACAGGUGCUUUUGCACACUAUUCUAUCUUAGAAUUGUAAUUUUGAAAAUUUUGUACUAUAUCUGCUCAUAUAUUUGGAGUAUAUGGCUGCAAUCCCGUUCAUCAUACUUUCACCUUUUUUUGGAUUACAUUUUCGCCCAAGUUAUAGCAGCUCAACCUACCGAGAAAGAUUGUCUUGGGUUAUUUCUUCAUGGUUAGUCUUGCUCUACUACCUGCACCUACACCCAAUUCGUCUCUUGUGAGCCUGCAUAUUAGGUCAGAAAAGCCUUGGCUAUGUGAGGACUUUUGCUUCAACAAACAAAGGUUGAGGUGAGUUCUGACGAGUCUUUCCCAAUGUAAACUGACCAGAGUCUCAACCAGAUGUUAGUGUAAAGAAGGGAUUGCUGUCUUCAGCACAUAUUGGGUAGAUGUCAUUUAAAAUAUAGUAAAAUAUGAAGUAUAUCUGAAUACACCAUUGGUUGCUUC